AUGCAACUCCCCCUCACCCUCCUCCUCAGCGCCACCCUCGCCUCCACCACCGUCUCCGCCGCCUCCCUCAACUUCCUCACCUGGAACUGUCCAAACUGCCAAGACAACGCAACCUGCCAGCAACAAAACUACCAAAACGUCUUUCCGGGCCCCAUUCCAGACACGUGUUUUGCCCUCCGUGUUCCGUUUCCGCAGGGUUUGAAGAUUUUUGGUCAGCAGGAUUGUCCGCGGGGUGAGGUCGACUUUUACGCAACAUCGACAUGUACAGACACGCCAUUGGCGUACAGACUCGAGACCAGUUUCCCCUCGCCUGGAAACCCAACCUGCCAUAACGAGACGGCGUUGACGACGAGGACGCACUACAGGAUUCUCUGUUAG